AUGCAGCCCCUCGACGUGAAUCCCCCGCGGGUCGAUUCCACGCCUCCGCCCUACUUCCCUUCCUCGUCUCCCUCCACCCUGGGCCCGUCCGGCGCGCCCGACAAAGACGUGGCGACCUCAUCGCCCGCCUCAACCAUCGUCCCGCCCUCCCCGGCCUCCUCGGCCGCACACACCCCCACCAGCAGCACCGAUGCCGGCCACGCGACCACCUCCGCCCUACACCCGCGCGUGGCCGUCAUCCUCGGCGUCGACCGCAAGUGGUACUUGCCGCUAAUCAUCUGUCGCGCGCUGAGCACCGCUCCGGCCGCGUGGUGGGGGCUGCGGUGCGCGUUCACCUUCCUGGCGGAGCUGCUGCACAUCCGUCCAGGCAUCGGAGGCGAGGGGUGGGCGGCGGCGAUUGUUGGCAGCGUCGGACAACACUGGGAUGUCGAGAGGAGGUUUCGAGUGACGGAGGUGGCUUUGGCGAUUAUGUGGUGCUGUGCAUCCGCAUAUCUUUCGUAUUUUUUUGCUGAUUGUAUGAUGUCUCGAUGGCUUCUGAAUUAUACCCCACCGGCGGUGGUCAUUCGUCUGCUGACCACCAACGGCCUGAUUGCAUAUAUGACUUCUUGGGUUCUCUAUCUUUCUGGUGCUUCUUCCGAUCCACGACUUCUGCUUCCUGCGUGGAUAUCCAUUACAACCACUUUGACCUUCCUCUACCACGCAACGCAAAACCAUGCAAUGAUCAAACGGGAAACCGCGGCUGCGCUGCUGGUAGUCGCCAUCGCGAGUUUCGUCAGCAUGUCCUCGUUGCUGCUGCAGUUGCAUUUGACCCGCGAGAAUGAGCCGGAGGUGCCGGUGUUUGUGAUCACUCGCAAGCUGUGGGAUUGGGCUGUCGCGAUAUUCCUGCGCAUGCGUGUGGCGGAUGAUCGAGCGGGGAUGGGUGAGUUGUAG